AUGGCAUCCCAUCCUCUUCAGGCGAUAGGCGAGGCCGUAGGGGCGGCGGGAGCGGAUCCUCGCCCUAUGCAGCUUUCUUCCUUGUUCCAGGGCGCCAACGAUGGCCCGGCAAAGACUGCAGCGAAGUUGACCGGUGUCCAAGCUGCAGGGAAGAGAGCGGAUGAUGGACCGUACUUUACAAACAACGAAGCUAUUCCGUUUCCUGACCCAGCCCACAGUAAGACUGCGGGAGGCAUACCCGUAGCGUCCGAUACCUUUUUGUUCCAAAAGCAGCAGCACUUCAAUCGCUCGAAGCCACUCGAGCGGAUGGUCCACCCUUGUGGCAGUGGAGCAUUUGGUUAUUUCGAGACCACCAAAGACGUAUCGUCACUGACUAAAGCGCAUUUCCUGAGGUCUGUUGGCGUGAGAACUCCAGUCUUUGCCCGCUUCUCGACUGUGACUCUCGGUCGAGAGUUUCCUGACGAGGCGAGAAAUCCACGGGGCUUCGCUGUCAAGUUCUACACUGGUGAGGGAAACUAUGACAUUGUGGGACUGAACUUUCCCGUGUUCUUCUGUCGUGAUCCCAUUCAAGGCCCCGAUGUUAUUCGCUCCCAGUAUCGGAAUCCGCAGAACUUCCUGUUGGACCACAACUCCUUGUUCGAUCUGCUCGCAAAUACUCCCGAGGGAAACCAUGCGGGCAUGAUGUUUUUCAGCGACCACGGCACGCCUGUGGGGUGGCGCAAUUUACAUGGAUACGGAUGUCACACAUUCAAGGUUAACAAAAGGGGAGAAUUUGUGUAUAUCAAAUACCAUUUUAUCGCAGAUCGCGGACAAAAGCAGUCCACUGCCGACGAAGCCAUCCAGAUGUGUGGUGAGGAUCCGGACUUUUCAAAGCGUGACCUCUAUCAGGCCAUUGAAAAGGGCGAAAAGAUCAGCUGGACGGCGCACGUCCAGAUUAUGAAGCCAGAGGAAGCUGACCCGACCAAGUUGGGAUUUGAUCCAUUCGAUGUCACCAAGUUGCAUGAAUUUGGCAAGCUGGUCUUGAAUAAGAAUCCCGAGAACUUCCACCGAGACGUAGAACAAGCCGCCUUCUCUCCAGGAAGCAUGGUGCCGGGAAUUGAGGACAGCCCGGAUCCUCUGCUGCAAUUCCGCAUGUUCUUCUACCGUGACGCACAGUAUCACCGGAUUGGUGUCAAUUUGCAUCAAAUACCUGUGAACUGUCCAUUUAUGGCUUCGUCCUACUCUUCACUCAACUUCGAUGGUCCAUUGAGGGUGGAUGCAAACCACGCGAUGAAUCCGCAAUACGCGCCCAACAGUUUUGUGCAUAAGUUUAGACCAGAUACUGCCGAGGCACCGUACCAGCUGGCAGAUAACACUGUGAGCCGCAAGUCUCACUUCUACCACGAAGGGAAGUUGUCGGAGUAUGACCAGCCGCGUGCUCUAUACCAAAAGGUCAUGGAUGCUCGGGGGAGAGAGCAUCUUCAUUGCAAUACUGCACGCAUGCUCAAGGUAGUUGAAUAUCCCGAAAUUCAACUCAGAUACCUAACACAGCUGUACUGCAUUGCUCCGGAGUAUGCAAGGGGCGUGUAUGAUCUACUCCCCGAGCAGAAGUUUGAUUUCAGCCAGGUGAAGGCCCAGGCUCAGGGUGCUGAGCGAGUAGGAAAGGAGGCCAAGUUUCGUCCUAGCAAGGACACCGAUAUUUUGGCCGGAAAGUGCCCAGCAACGCCUGUUUACAAUCAGUGA